AUGUUAGGUAUAUUUUGGAAUCCAGAAAAUCUUUUUGUGUGCUUCGCCUUCAAUUUAUCUGUAUACUCAAUUUUCUGUCUUCUUUUCAGACGCAACUCUCUUAUCGGCAUGUCCCCGACCUCCUCUUCUGGUCAUUUCGAUGCGCCCACAGCCAACGGGCUUUCUGCUAGUAGCAUACAGCCAUCGCUCAUUUCGUCGGUUACAAAUGCGGAAAACACGACUAUUGAGGCUACUACUAUCUCACCCAUUGUUACGGCAUCCACCACCUCCACGUCAAGUGCUGCAGAGGCCAGUAACUUCCUCGUAGAUUCCAUACCUAACGCCAGUAUUGACGAUCAGCUCGCUGGCCAAGAAGGACUUUUUCUGCUUAAUGGGGCGCAUUGGGUGGGAAAUCACAAGUGA